AAAGAAAUGAAGAUGGAGAGACAGUUGUUGUUGAAAAAGACCAUUUCAUGGAUGACUUUUUCCAGCAGGUUGAAGAACUUAGAAAUAAUAUAGCAAAAAUAGCACAAAAUGUGGAAGAAGUGAAGAAGCAGCACAGCAUUAUCCUGUCAGCACCAAAUCCCGAAGGAAGGACAAAGGAAGAACUUGAAGAGUUAAAUGAAGAAAUAAAGAAGACUGCUAAUAAAGUCCGAGCCAGGUUAAAGUCUAUUGAACAAAGCUUUGAUCAGGGUGAGAAUGCUAAUCGGACAUCAGUGGAUCUCAGGAUACGAAAAACACAGCAUUCGGUGUUAGCUCGGAAGUUUGUGGAGGUCAUGACAGAAUACAAUGAGACCCAAAUUCUUUUUCGAGAACGCAGCAAAGGUCGGAUACAGAGACAAUUAGAAAUAACUGGGAAGACUACCACUGAUGAGGAACUGGAAGAAAUGUUAGAAAGUGGUAAUCCUUCAAUUUUUACUUCUGAUAUUAUAUCAGACUCUCAAAUUACUAGACAAGCUCUGAAUGAAAUCGAGUCACGACACAAGGAUAUUAUGAAACUAGAAUCUAGCAUACGGGAACUACAUGAAAUGUUUAUGGACAUGGCAAUGUUUGUUGAGACUCAGGGUGAAAUGAUCAACAAUAUAGAAAAGAAUGUUAUGAAUGCAACAGAUUACGUGGAGCAUGCUAAAGAAGAGACAAAAAAGGCAGUUAAAUAUCAAAGCAAAGCACGAAGGAAAAAAUGGAUAAUUGUCAUUGUGUUAUUGGUGUUGCUUGCCAUAAUUGGUCUAAUAAUUGGUUUGGCUGUUGGUACUCGGUGAUGCUUGGAUAACUUCAGCAUGCAUGCCUUCCUGCCAGUGUGGCAAAAAUGAUGUACAUAAUUAUAUGCGUAACUGUCUUGCUUCUGAUACUUGGGAUUAUCCUAGCAACAACACUAUCAUAACGAGCACAUU